UAAGGGAGUUACCCAUCAACUUUAAAAGAAAACCCAAUGCAAGUGUUGGGUGCGAGCGGCCCCGGGUCCAGGAGCCGUCACAACAACAACAGGUCGCCCAACACGCAACAAGCAGGCAACGGCAAGGAAUUAUGUUACAGAGCAGAAAGCUUCAUCAGUAUAAAUUGUUCUUAAAGACUUUGAGACGUCCUGAAUCUAAGCUUUGCUCUUGUCCAUCUCACCUCCAUCCACGACCCUGGAUUCCUGCUCCAUGUCUUACCACUAAACCAUACAAGGAAGAUGAUUCACUGUGCAGAAGCAGGUCUCACUCAAACCCAGAGCUGUUGACGCACACUGGACAACCCUAUAAAAUGGAUAGAAGCCAAUUAAACUGGGAGUCGGAUGAUACUGGUCAGCACACUCAGAAUUCAUUGCAACAUCUAUACAAUGAUGCUAGAAUUUUAAAGGAAGCCUUCAGGAAAGUGCGUCAUGGUGAUCACUUAUCAAAGGAUAUGUGCAACACUGUAAAAAAAUGGAGUAAGGAGGAGGUGGUAAAUCCAAGGAACAAGAGAGAGAGAAUCAGCAAGAGGGAAAAACAUGCUCAUGCUGAUCCUAGUAAACAAACUGAGGUUGCAGCUGACAGGAAGUCAGCAAAACAUUCCAGAGAGGAAGAAAACCUUCGACAAGAACUCAGACAUUUGCGUGAGCUCACUCAGAGUAGCGCAGCGAUGAUGGAAGAAAAUAAAAGGCUCAUGAGAAAGAUUAAUCGAUUACGACAACGCCUAAAGCGAGAGGAAACCACUCAGAAAGGAAGUGGAGACAGUGCAGGGCCUGAAAAAGAAAUAGGAAGUAGAGAACAAUAUGUUAUGCUUUCCCUAAAAAAGAAAUAUGAUGAUUUGCUUCAGUAUGUCUUAAAGGUCGAGUCAGAAAACCAGAAGCUAAAGAGCCUAAUAGGAGUGUCAGGUGAGCAGGAAGAAAUUUGGAACGGCUCAGAUCGAGAGGAUGCUGAAUGUGCUCCAAGAGUUAUGGCAAGGCUUCAUAACGAGCUUGAAGUACUGAGAGGAGAGAUUCUGAGGAAAGAUGAAUAUAUCUUGGAGUGUGAGACACAUUUACAGACUAUGAAGGAAAAUGCUGUUCUUCAUGAAUCCUUGAGAAAUCAGAAUUCAGGUGCCCGGAGCAUAGACACUGCAACACUAGAGGAGGAGUGGAUGAGGCGCCUGACAGAGACCCGGGAUAUGUAUGACCGAGCCAUUCAGGGAUACAAGGAUCAGCUUGGAGAACUCCAAAAGAAGCUACUUAAUUCUGAGAAAAUUUAUGCAAUGCAGAUUCAGGAAUUAACAACUAAGUUAAUGGAAGCACAGAGUACAAGUGUAUCAGCAAACUCCAAUGCAAUGGAAAUCAGUAAACCACAUGAAGCCAGAGAUGUGAGAAGAGAAGCCAGAGUAAAUGGAGACAGAGAAAGGGAUAAUAAUAAUAAAGAAGAAGUUGAAAGACAGAGAUCAGGAGAAAGAGAAAAUGCAGGUGAAACUGUAUUUGAAGAAACUGGCAAACAAAGACAAGAAAAAUCUGAAACUGACAAACAAAAAGAAGCAGACGAGCCCAAAAAGUUUAAUGACAAAGAACACGAAAAAGAUAGCAAUGUUGCAAGGCCCAAUGAGACUAGCAGGUUACCUAGCAGCCCUGAGAAACUUGACCCAUCCACCAGUUCAGCAAAAUUACCCAAAAGCGAUAGUGAGACUAUUUCAGGUAUAGUAAUGGUAGGACUUGAGAGGUACAGUGAAUCUUUAGAAAAUUUAGUGAAGAGAUUAGAAAGCUCAAGUUUGAGUCGAGACGAAAUAGAAAAUACAGUUUCUGUUAUAAAAGAAACAAUUGGUAAGUGUUUAAAUGAAUGGAAAGAAAGUUUCCAGCAGGAACAGACACAAGAAAAGGAGAGCAUUGAUAAACUGAAGAAAGAUUAUGAAGACCUUCAAAGAAAAUUGAAAGGCAAGAACAAAAAAAUUGAGUCAUUACAAAAUCAGUGUAAGGAUUUUGAGCAGCAAAAUAGGGAACUUCAUCACCAGUACUCUCAGCUUGAAUCAAGGUUGGGUGCAUCUCAGAUAACAGAACAGUUGGAUGUACUACAAGGUCUCCCAAAGACAUUGCAUGAGACUGAAAAAAGACUGUUGGACACAAGAGAGUUGUUUCAGCAAGCACAGGGAGAAAAACAAGCAUUACAGGAUCAACUCAGAUUGUUGGGAGAGAAGUUAAGCAAGAAAGAAUCUAAACUCAAGGAAGAACGUGAGCAGAGUGCCAGGAGAGAGAAAGAAAUUAAAAAUCUUCAGGACAGCAUUUCCUCUUUGCAGCACCAACUGGAAGAUGCAUCUAGGGAGGCGAGUCACUUGCAGGAACAAUUAACUACCAAAGAUACAAUAUUAGAGCACACAUCUGCUCAACUGGAGGAGAGAAUCCGCGAGUGUGCUAGUUUGUCUUCCCUUAUAGACCGUUAUAAAAUUCAACAAAAUCAAGAAUCUGAUCGCAUUCAAGCCCAGCUUAAUGAGAGAGAGAGCUCAUCACAUAAGCAAUAUUUGGAGGCACAGGCUUUAGCUACACGCUAUCAGGCACAGCUCUCUGCAUUGCGUACUGAAAAGGACCUUAAUGAAAAAUCCCACAGAAAUCAUAUCCGUAAGCUUGAGGAGCAAGUAGAUCAACUUCAGUUAAGAAACUCUACCCUUCAAAGGCAGCUGACCACCAUUACUUCCACUUAUCACAGUAUGUUUUCUGGUGUUGAUCUUAACCUUCCAAAUGCUCCUGACCCGGGUAGCUCUAGUGUGAAGGAUAUGUGAGAAAGUGUAAGUUAGAACCUUAUACUGUAUUGGCUUUUGGAACCUGUGCCUCCAGUUUUUAAUAAAUGGAAUAUAAUGAUAAGUUGUCUGAUGGGAAGAGAGAAUUAUCAAUCAAUGCAAAGGUAAGCAAGAAAUAUGUUUUAAAUUUUGUUUUUCCAUCAAAAUUGACUUGCAGGCCAUCAUGUGUUACAAGAAUAAUAGAAUUUGAGUUCCAUAGGAUAUUCCUGCAAUACGUACAUGUAUAGUCUAAUUCAUUAUACAUAUGGACUACAUUACUGUAUAUCAUCAUCACUACUGUAUUUGUGAUUACUCUAUAUCAUCAUCACUGCCAUGUACAUAAAUAAUGUUCAUACAUAUAAAGUUACACAUAUAUAUGGUGUUUAUAUAUGACCGAAACUGUUAGAUCAGUGAUUCUAGGGCAGAUAUUUUUUUAUAUUCUUCACUUUGGAAGGAAAUGUUAAUGGGCUAAAGAAUACAAUAAGACCCAUUAAAGUGUUAAAAAUUACCUCUUGGAGAGUUAAUAUGUCAACAUCCAGAUAAAAACGACAUAAGAAAUACAGUAUAGAGAAGAACCCUUCCGAUUAUAUUCAGUAAUGUAUGUCAAUAAGAACAUACCGAUAUGUAUAGUAUGCAUGUGUUUGUGCCUAGGCCGACCCCAAAAGGACCAUUUAAGUGACGGGAGUCCCAGAAUGCAAAUUUGCCAUCAUAGAAUGCAUUUUGCAUGUCAGUAUCUGUAAUAUUAUGGACAUAGGAGAUAAUUAUAUGAACUCAGAAUUGACCAUUUUAUCUCCAACUUCAUGGGGGUCAUCAUAGAAGCCAACCCUUUGGCUUCUAUGAUGAUUGAAUAUGAUUAUGAUGAUUAAGGGUUGGGGAGCAAUGGGGGUGAACCCCAACCUGUCUAUGACAGCCCACUAACACCUACCAGUCACCCUACAGUUUAAUGAGAAAAAACAUUUUAUUUUAUAGAUAGAUACUGUGUGGGGUGUGUGUGUACUCACCUAAUUGUGUGUGUGUGUGUGUGUGUAUGUAUAUGUAUAUGUAUAUAUAUAUAUAUAUAUAUAUAUAUAUAUAUCUUUUUAUUUUUUUAAUAUAAGGAUUUUAUAUGGUUAUCAUAUGUGUAUCAGUGUAAAUAUUAUAACAUUUUAGAUAAA